AUGACUCAAGCAACAAACGGACAUUCAAAAAGACCCGCUGCCGCCAGCGGUCAGAGGUCAUCCUGGAGUAUGGAACGCUUCAAACUUCAGCACGACUAUCGAAGCCGACUGCAUCCAAUCAUCGCCCGAUUUACUGGCUAUCGUCAGCCGGGAGAAGAGCCGCCUUAUGAGCCCCUCCCAUUCCCACCGUUCAUAUGGCUUGAUCGGAUCCCGCUUCAUUAUGAAGUUUGGUUGCUUGCGUGGGUAGGAGCAUUUGGCGGGAUUCUUUUGAUUGAAGCCAUCAUGUCCUCUAGUACGGCAUUCCGUGAUGUAUAUCAUACCCCAACAAUAAUCACGUCCUUCGGUGCAUCUGCAGUGCUUUUGUUUGGGGUAAUUGAAUCUCCAGUCGCACAGCCGCGGAACUUUGUCCUCGGCCAUUUCAUCUCCGCUUUGAUUGGAACGUGUAUCACGAGACUAUUUGUUCUCAAUCGCCAAUACCAAGGAUAUCUGGAGAACCGAGAAUUCCACCCAUCCACCUUCAUCAAUGGAGGUGUAUCCAUGGCCACUUCGUUGUUAGGCAUGUUAAUCACUGGAACCGCGCAUCCUCCUGCUGGCGCAACUGGCCUCAACGCUGCUGUACAGUCUGAGGUCGUGACUCUUUCGUGGCGUUACCUGCCCACAAUGCUGGCAUCGUCUCUCAUCAUGCUCGGGUGGGCCCUUAUCAUUAACAAUGUUGGUCGUCGAAGAUACCCACUGCACUGGUGGGCCGCUGGUCGGACAUUCGUCUGUGUUCCUCAAGAGGAUCAGUCUGAACCGAGUGCUCUUGAGGCAGGAAGAGCAGAUACUGAAUCCCAUAAAAAAGAGGAAGAGGGCGUAUUGAAACGUGAGAGUGUCGACGAUAACGAAUUGAAGGAAGCAAUGGGUCCUGAACCGGUACCUGGGAGCUCAACUGAUCCUGGGCCGGCGUACUUGCAGGACAUUCUGCAUGCUAGUGAAGAAAACGUCAACAAAGAUGGCUAG